AUGCUCAACACCAAUAAACCUGGUAAUUUUGGCAACCGGUUAGACGCGGACAAGCUAUCGGUUGAUGCUGACGUGGACGCUCGUGGAGGCUUCGACUUGCAGACUGUCACGUAUCGUGCCCGAAAAGUGGUAGCAGGUCUCUUGCUCUGCUCUUCCAUGAUGUGUGGUCGCUCGGCUGCCUUCCUUGGAAUGCGUAUUGGGAACCCUCUGCACAAACUGCCACCUUCGAAGACACAGAAGCAAGCGCUUGCAGACAUCAUGAAGAUCGAGGACGCCAAGUUCUCGGGGUAG